GGGAAAAGGCUAAAAGCUGUUUUAGUUUCGCGAUCAACAAGAGGACGGGCCGGGGCGGGGUUCGUUUGCUUUUGCAUCUCGCCCCUUGACCCGGGUCUGACUGAAAUAUUGCAAGCUGCAGAAAUCUCGGGGAGGGGUGGGGUGGUAUUGGAGUGCCGGACGCUUGCAUGUCCAGUGACGCAAUGUUUUUGCAACAUGCAAAACGACCCUCACCAUCAGACUGUGUAUUGGGGGUAAAAGCUUGUGAGUGGUUGGUAGCGCCGGGGGUCUACAUGCACCAGCUUCCAGCAGAGAACUAGGCUGCUAGCAAAGCCCUGGCAGCGGGGGGUCGGAGCUCGCGGGGGCUUGUGUGUAGUGAAAAUUCUGCACCGCGGACUUAACCCCCACCCCUGGACCCUCUCGACACACUGUUUGCAAAGGGGGGGGGGCACGGAAAGCGCUGAGCUCCCUGCGCUCGCCCCAGCGUUCAGGGCGGGGACAUGGCAGAGCCGCAGCCUCGCCCCACCCAGCCGCAGCCUGACACCAUGUGACGCCAGCAGGAGCCUCCUAGAUAAGGCGGCGGCGCUCGGACAGCCCCCACUGGUGGCUAGAGCCCGGCUCGGGAUUGUUGUGUGCUCGCCAGGUCCCUGCCCGCCCACCUGCCCUGCGUCCCGCGCCCGGCCCAUGGUCGGCACCGUCAGCCCACAGCUCGCCCUGCCGAUCCCGAGCGACGAGAGCCCGCUAGCCCUGCGCGCCGCGGCCCUGGCCAUGAGCACCGAGCUCUACCAGUCCGCCAUGGAGGUGGCCGUGUACCAACUGCACAACUUCUCCAUCUCCUUCUUCUCCUCGCUGCUUGGCGGGGACGUGGUCUCCGUCAAACUGGACAACAGCGCCUCCGGGGCCAGCGUGGUGGCUAUCGACAACAAGAUCGAGCAGGCGAUGGAUCUAGUGAAAAACCACCUGAUGUAUGCUGUGCGGGAGGAGGUGGAGAUCCUCAAAGAGCAGAUCAAAGAGCUGGUGGAGAAGAACUCCCAGCUGGAGCGAGAGAACAGCCUCUUGAAAACACUGGCCAGCCCUGAGCAGCUGGAGAAAUUCCAGUCCCGGCUGCCUGCAGAUCUGCUAUCUGCAGAGGAGCAGGGCAGGGCGGCUCCAGCCCAGCACACCAGGGGCUCUGCAGUGUAAGGUGGCUCUGUCCUUGGAGUGGGCAGAGCCACUGAACUCUUUCUACUUAAUCUCCUUAAAAGUUGUUUCCUCCCUCAUCUCAUGUGGAGAACUUCCCAAGCUAGCGAGAGCUAGGAGAUGUGCCAGGGACGCUGCUCCAGCUGCUGGGACACUGACUGGCUCUGAAGGAGCGAGGUGUCGUGUUAGGACACUGCGCAAUCAGACGACCCCCAACAGGGGCCUCUUUGCAUGUCCUUGAGAGUGCAGGGGCUGCACAACCGGUCAUGUGCCUUCGCUGCACCGUUCAGCUGGGCUCCUGCUGCACUUGACAAAGACUGAUCCUUGGAGGAAGCCAGUUGUUGAAGAGAUACAAAUCUGCCCCUACAGCCUCUCUGGAAUGGGCCUGGGGCAGGAACCGAAAACUGACCCUGUCAGCACCUUUAUGUUGGUAGCUUUGGACAGUGCAUGGCUUGCGCACACCACAGGUUGGGGAUUACAAGGAAAGCUUUCUUUCGUUAGUGGAGGGAUCUUUAUAUCCUUAGGCACAUCUAAGGAAUGUAUACACGCAACCAGUGCUGGGGAUGGCUACCGAAGCCUGGGGCUCUUGGGGGGCUCUAUGGAUGCUGCUGCCCAUAGCUGUAUGCCUGGGGCUGGCUGGGGAGUCCAGCCGAGCGUGGAGGCGGAACGCUUAGAUGCUGAUUGGAAAUGGGUGACUGGAGUUGUCUCGCUGUGGGAUAGGUUUUUAUACAUAGCUCAGUCUGUGUACAGACCCCCCCGGGAGGGAGAUUCUCCCUCCUCUGGCCUGCCCAGCGCAGGGCCACAGGAUACCCACAGCAGAGAUUUUAUAAUGAAACAUGCCAAUGAGACCCGCCUGCUGUGGACGGGGUGGCACGGCCCCUCGGGGAGGUGAGAGCGGAGGUUAUUUGCUCCGUGAGCGUCCCCCCCCCUCGUGGAGCGGCCGGGGCAUCGCUUUCGACAUUGGACUGUCAGAGCAUUAAUGUGAAUGCGUGAAUCUAGCUAGAAAUGGCAAUAAACUCUACUUUUGAUAUA